AUCCGGUGCACAGUCAUUAGCAACAACAGCUUUUUUCGCUACGAAAGCGUCUUUGUUGGAUAACACCAAACCGUACGACUUAUUUUUUUUAUUCAGGUCAUAAUUUAUUACGUUGUUCCAGCCAGACUGCACUGGUUACUUCUACAUCCACUUCUCCAUCUUCAUCAGUCAGUCAUCCAAGCUCUAAAUUGCUGCUUCACAUUGAAUGGCUGAAGCAGAAGAGGAUCCUCUUUGAUGCUGCAUCUGUGAGGGGCCAUCAUGGUACAUCUGAAUGUAGAUCUGAUUGCUAAAUCUAAAGUGCACUUAAAAAAGAAAGGGGACUUCUCUUUCUCACAGUACCUCAAGAAACUCACCCACCUUAACUUUUCCAACAAGAAUAUCGAUUAUAUUGGUGACAUCUCCAUGUGUAGGAACCUCACUGUUCUCUACCUGUAUGACAACCAGAUCACAGGCAUAUGCAACCUUGGUUUUGCCUCCAGCCUCACACAUCUGUAUUUGCAGAGCAACAACAUCACUCAUAUCGAUAAUCUCUCCAGUCUGCAGAGGCUCUCCAAACUGUAUCUUGGUAGGAACAGCAUUGUGGUGGUAGAAGGUUUGGAGCAGCUGACUGAGCUUAAGGAGCUUCAUCUGGAGAAUCAGAACCUGGCACCAGGAGAAAAGCUGCUCUUUGAUCCACGAACACUUGUUUCUCUUGCUAAAUCUCUCUGUGUCCUCAACAUCAGUAACAACAGCAUUGAGGAAAUCGGGGACCUUGCUGUGCUGACGGCACUCCAGCAGUUUUCUGCAGCAGACAAUAAAUUACAAGAUGUGAAGGAGUUGGAGGACGUGUUCCAGUGUUGGCCUUGGCUGUGCGAAAUGGAUUUGCAAGGGAAUCCUGUGUGCCGAAAACCCAAAUACAGAGAUCGUCUGAUUAUGGCAUGCCGAAGCCUCGAGGACCUUGAUGGGAAGGAAAUUACUGCCUUGUCCAGACAGUUCCUCACUAACUGGAAAGCUUCAAAGGAGGCCAAGAAGAAAAAGGACAAACAGGUAUGAAAACUUAAAGAUUCUUCAGUUUUGUUGUCGUGGAGAUGGAGCUACCCUGAAGCCUUCACUUCUUCUCCACAAACAAAUCAGCUACAGCUCAGGACUGUCUAAUUUCUUUAGCUCCAUAACCACAACCGCAAUCUGUGAUCCUUUUGUGUCAGAACCAGCACGGCCUCAUCCCAAGGUAUCGCUGUGCCAGUGCUUCUGACACGUUGCCACUGUUGGCUUGUGGAAGAUAACCUACUCUUUGGUUGUUGUGUGCUGAUUUUCACCUCCCAUUAAGAGCCUGUUUUCCUUUUAACUAAACCUUCUGAAGUCAUUAUUUUGUUUUUUGUACUGUUUUUAAAAUCCUAAACAAUGUUUUGUUUUCACCUGUGUCUAUCUGUUGGCACAAUUAAAAAGAAUGUUAGGAACCAGUUUGCAUUAGUCAGCAGAAAAGUUAGGCUGUGGCUGGAAUAUGGUGAAUCCGGAAAGUUUUCACAGCGCUAUAGUUUUUCCUCAUAUUUUGUUAUAUUACAGCCUUAUUACAAAAUGGAUGAAAUUAAUUUUUUUCCUCAAAGGGUUUUAUUUUUUUUACAUU